AUGCUGGGUUCUAUCUCCACAUCCUGCUUAAAGAAACACGCAGCCAGAAGGAGUCUCAGCGCUCUAGGAGGCAGAAGCAACCCUCGAUCAACCCAGAAGAGGACCUGGACGACACUGACAAGGACAUCGGAUGCGCUUACUAUACACGCGCUAAAAGACACCUCGUUCCCGUACGUCUGGCUGCGUGAUUCAUGUCAAUCUACAGCGUGCGUGCACCCUACGAACAGGCAAAAGCUGCAUCGCUCCUCGGAUGUGCCGCUGGACAUCAGCCCAAUUGCUGGUGCGCAGGGCGUGCAGGUCACCCCCGGGGGCAUCGACAUCGCGUGGGCGGAUGGACAUCGGUCCACAUUUGCGCGUGCGUUUUUGGAGCGGCAUGCAGACCCAGCUGAGCUUGAGAGGUGGCAUUAUGAUCAACACCUGGCGGAGGAGGCAUGGACGAAUGAGUCGGUGUCGAAACUUUCUGAUCUGUUCCUCCCCUAUGCGGCUGUGCGCGAUACGGAUCAGGGCUUGGUGGAUGCGAUCACCCAGUUAGCGAAGUAUGGGCUGGUAUUUCUUACCGGUGUUCCCAAUAAGGAGACAGCGAACGAGACAUGUGAGCUUAGAAGAGUUGGGGAGAGGUUUGGGGAGAUCAGGCCGACAUUUUACGGUCUGCUGUGGGAUGUGGUCAACUUGAGCAACAGCAAGAAUAUUGCGUAUACGAAUCUGGAUCUUGGUCUACAUAUGGACCUUCUAUAUUUCCAACAUCCCCCACGAUACCAAAUCCUUCACUGUCUGAGGAAUCAGGUCAUCGGAGGAACAUCAAUAUUCGUCGACGCGCUUCAUGCCGCUCGCGUUCUCCGUGAAGAAUAUCCCGCAUACUUUGACAUCCUAACAAAGACACCGGUCUCCUUCCACUAUGUCAACGACGGACACCACUUGCACCGAGAGCACUUCACGAUCGAACUCAUUCAAAAAUCACAAUCGGAAAGUGAGAUCUCGCAUAUCAACUAUUCUCCUCCAUUCCAAGCACCCUUGCCUCUCAACACACCAAAGGAAUUUUACCCUGCCCUUGCUAAAUUUGCGGAGCUGUUGAACGAUCCGAAGAAUACGUUUGAGUAUACGCUGAGAGAGGGUGAUGCGGUGAUGUUUGACAAUCGAAGAGUGUUGCAUGCACGCACCGCGUUCAGAGAUAGGGAAGGAGCAGGCGAGGUUAAAGAUGGAGAGCCGAAUAGGUGGUUGAAGGGAUGUUAUUUGGAGGCGGAUGCUUUGGUGGAUCGUGUGCGAGUUCUGAGGAAGAAGUUGCAAACGGGUUCAGUCGAUCUAUGA